GAAUUCAGCUCAGCUCGAGCUUCAACAUGGAGGCAAAGCGAGCGGCAGGAGUUCCGAACUUUCCCGUCGUUGGAUUUCCACAAAUCGGUCCCGGUUUCGAAGCAUUAUAUUCGGCUUGCUUACGGCUAUAUAAUGACCAACCAAACCCUUUACAAGUUGUUGCUGUUCUUAAGUAUUGGUUAGGUGGUCCAGAUCCUUUGGAUUGUAUUAGCAUGUACGAGAAUACAGGCGACGAAAACGAAGGCAUACCUCCUCACUGGCAUUAUGUCAGCUAUGGCUUGUCUGAUCUGUAUGGAGACGGCCGUGUGCAUGAGGUGAGCAACGGCGCCACGGAUGGGCCAAGCGGCUUUGGCUUUGAGCUGACCUUCCGGCUGUGCAAGGAACGGGGUGAGACGGCACCGCCCACUUGGCCCGCCGCCGUCAUGCAGGGUCUGGCCAAGUACGUCUUCCAGUCUGGCAACGUACUCUGCGACGGUGAUCACGUGUCGUGGCACUGCCCCCUCGACAACAGCGAGUCGCGCAUCGAGCACAUGCUCAUGACCGAAGAUCCGCAGCUGGAAACCGUCACCACGCCCUUUGGAAAAGUCACGUACAUACAGAUCGUUGGUGUGUGUGCUGAGGAACUAAAGGCUGCACAGCAGUGGAACGGACGAGGUUUUGUUCAACUCAUGCAACGAGUGAAGGGGGCCGGGGGACCUUGGCUUGUCACGGACAUGAGACGCGGAGAGACAGUAUUUGAACUUGAACCUGGAAUUGCGGAAGCGGUAGACAGAGGAAUUGAAACCGAAGGAUCAGAUCUCAGUGGUGUGAGUGCCCGCCUCUGCUGGUCGGAAGACUUUCCCUGCGGGCAAGAAAUGGGAGACGUCAAGCGAGGAAUGGGGGACCGCAUCGAGAUACUAGCCGAAGAUGGCACGUGCGGCAGUCCUCCGCACGGACCGUCAAAGCAGAUGUCCGACAUGUUUGGAGGGCUGAACAAGAGUGGUUCGGGCAGGGAGCUGCGGGAGGUCUCUCGCAAGGCCUCUUUCGACAGUGAUGGCAGUGACCCUGCAGAGACGCGGGAACUCAUGCAGACACGACUUCUAGAUGCGGUACACUUGCAGCUCAACCUAGAAGCUGGACUACUUUUUCCCCUCGUUCUCCGGGGCAGGCUAAAACACGGACGUCACUUCACCUUCAAGAGCUCCGUGGACUGCGCAGCCGUUACAUUUGUGGUACCUAGUGUUAUCGGCGCUUUUGCCAGCUCUGAGCACCCGUAUGCUGUGCAAGGGUCGUGGUUGCAGGUUCUGCUCACUGAGGAUUUCCUUGCAGAGAUGACAGCGGACAUGGAAUCUCUCAGUUGUGCAGAAGGACUAACACUGCCAAAGACCUACUCGUGGCCGGACAGGAAAAUGUCCAUCACGCUCGUGCCAGAGGAGCUUUGAAGACUGGCAGCUGUUCAAAAUAUUUAUGUGAGGACUGGAAAGGGCUCGUGAAAUGAUUCUCCCACUUGUGGAGGAAUCGUGUUGAUCAUGCAGGGAUUUGUCCCAGGCCGAUGCAAUCUCGUGUUCGCAAGUUCCCGCGCGGCGAGCCUCAUCGUGGGAAAAUUUCCCAUUUGGUGUUGCACUGUCCGCCAAGCUUUGGAAAUACUUUUUCGUAAACGUUAUCAAAAGCAGCAUUCUCCGGAGACAAGUACAGCUUCGUCUAUCGAAUAUGUGGACUACAAUAUCACAAACAGUGCAUUAGACGGAUGCAGUUACAGAGGUGGUUUCUCAACCGCUUUAACGGGAAAUUGCCUCAACUUAGGGCUCCAAACUGAUGAUAUAUGUAUGGAAUUGAAUUUUACCCACAGGCUCCCACGCAUCUACACAGUUUUGUGUUUCAGCAUUGUACAGGAGAUGUGAAAGUGUGAACACCUCGAGAUCUGAAGUGGAAAAGUUUGUUUGACAUAUCACGUAUGUUUGGAAUAGUUUCUGGGUGUGUGGCACAUAACAUACAUCAUUCUACUGCUGUAGCAUGAUCAUGUAGAUUUAUGCGCACACACACACGAAAUGAGGGUCCUGAAACGGCUAGUCAGUUGGACAACUGACUAGCCCUUUUUGAGUGACUGUCAACCAACGUGCCGGAUGUACUAUUUCGUACGAUUGUUGACAAUUGUGUACACGUGUUUAUUGUUGAUGUGAAGGAAAAGUGCCGCUGUACCAAACUGGUUAUAAUCUACAAUAAUCUAAUCACCUGUAUGCCAUUUAAGGUGAAUCAAAUUGAUGGCUUAGAGUUCUGUAGUGUAGCCUCCAACCUAUCCCAUCUAGUAGCAGUGGUAAUGCUUUGUUUCCGUUUAGGAGUGUGUGAUUUGAACUUAAGUCUUAGGCUCGUAUGUCUGCAAGGUGAUACAAUGUUAGGGUUUUUUAUAAGGGAACAAUGAGGAAGUGCCUUUAGAAAAAACUAGAAAUGUUCACUGUGCCGUCAACAGAUUUUUGAGACUUCUAGAAGCCACAAAUGAAGUGUGUUCAAUCGUACCGUAGAGUUCUGAACAGUCAGAGUUGAAAUUUUCUGAUGGCAACUGUAUAUUAUGAUUGAUGCGCAAAGAGAGGCUUCAUUUCCUGUUACUUGGUAUUCCCAAGGGCAAUUGAGCAAUUUGUUUCUUUUAGCAGCUGUACUGUGUCACACCCUGUGGUAUUGUGCCUUGCACUUAAUUUCAGAACACGUAUCUUAUUUAUUAAAAUGCUAGUCGACCAGUUUUUCUUUCAUAGCCAUCGAUUGCAUGAACAUUCAAUAAAUGUCCAAAGUUUGCUAGA